AUGUGUCACCUACCUGUCGGCGUUGAACAUAGAGCUUAUUGGGCUGUUAAGGAAAUGAACAUGAAGCCCCAGGCCUGCGAGGAAGAGAGAAAACUGCAACUGCAAGAGCUGGAGGAACUUAGGCUUGAGUCGUAUGACGCCGCGAUGUGGUACAAGGAGAAAACCAAGCUAUGGCAUGACAAAAACCUACGGGUCAAGGAAUUGCAAGUCGGUCAGAAAGUGCUCUUAUUCCAAUCAAGGCUCAAGCUGAUGCCCGGGAAGCUAAAAUCUAAGUGGAUAGGGCCCUAUACAAUCGUUGGUCUCCGACCGAAUGGAGCCGUGGAAAUUAAGGAAAGUGCCCCUAACUCUAUCCCAUUUCUUGUUAAUGGUCAUAGAGUUAAGGUGUUUAAAGAUAGUUCAGAGAUGUGCGUAGUGGAAGAAAUUCCACUACACAUGCUCUCCACUAUUGCCUAA